AUGUAUACCAUAUAUCAAUCGCAUCAUUAUCAUUAUAGAAGAAAGGUAUACCAAUCAAACUUAUCAUCACAAUCAUCAUCAGAUUCACAAACCUUUUCAACAUCAACAUCAACAUCAACAUCAUCAUCAUCGUCGUCGAUUUAUAUAUCUUCGCCAGUACCUUUGAAAAUAGAUUCUACUUCUCAUAAUAGACAUAUACCCAAAUAUACUAGGAUUAAACAUGGGUAUAAAAAGAGUAGACUAAGAUCUGCACCGUCGGAUGCAGACUUGUUUAACCUCGUCAUGCCCAAGUCUGAAACAGUUGGAUUCAAGAGUAAACAAGGUGGUAUAUCGAAACAAGCUAUCAAAUGGUCAAAGUUUACACGUCUCAACAAUUUCUACAUUUGGUUAUUCUUGGCCGUUGUUGGUUUAAUGGCUUCUAUAUUACUCGUUACUAUUGAUCUUAUAUUUAAAUAUGUUGUUUUUGCAGGAAGAGAUAGAUUUAUGGAUUUAACAGAGAAUUAUUUCUUACAAUAUAUUAGUUUUAUAUUUUGGACAUGUUUAUUGGCAGUAUCAUCAUCAUUGGUCAUCAAAAAGAUAUGUUAUGCUGCUGCGGGUAGUGGUGUACCCGAUUUGAAAUCAAUCUUUUCAGGCUUUUGGAAUCCGACCGUUGUCAAACCAUCGGUAUUGGUGUGGAAGACUAUUGGAUUGCUAUUGUCCUAUGGAUCGGGACUGUCGAUUGGCAAGGAAGGUCCCUAUAUUCACAUUUCUGCCAUUUUGACAAACACACUACUCUACCUCAAACCCUUUAAAAAUAUCGCCAUCAACGAAACACAAAGAAGUCAAAUGCUUGCUUCAUGUUGUGCACUUGGUGUCGCCGCCACCUUUGGGUCGCCCAUUGGAGGUGUAUUGUUCAGUAUCGAGGUUACUGGCACCUAUUAUUUGAUUUCAAAUUAUUGGCGUGCCUUUUUUGCUUCAACUGUCGGUGCUGUAGGAAUUAAAAUUUUACUUUCAACUCCUUCAAAUGACUUGUUGGAAUCAUAUCGUACAAAUUUUGAAUCAGUUAAUCUUGCAAGUGUUCAAUUAUUGGCAUUGAUUAUAACUGGUGUAUUAUGCGGGUUGCUAGGAUCACUAUUUAUUUACAUGUAUACUAAAAUAUAUAAUUGGAAGAAAAAUAAUCAAGAUUUGAUUCAAAAAUUAACACCAUAUGGAGAAGUAUUGGUAGUAGCAGCAGUGACGGCAGUACUUAGUUUUCCAUUAAAAUUUUUAAGAUUGGAUCAUGCAAGUGCCGUUCAUACGAUGUUUACAGCACACGAUGAUGUCAAUUCAGAAGAGUUAAAGGUGUGGACUGAAAGCAUGCCAUUUGACAAUGUUGGUGUUGACGGCCGUGUCGAUUACACUACCUAUUCCGUAUGUGAGAUGAAGGUUUUCUCAGACCAAUCCUCAUCUACUACCAUUUUACAUAAUAUUAAUAAUAAUAAUAAUAAUCAUCAUGAUAUUGACAGAGAUAAUAAUAAUAAUAAUAUGGGUAAUAUUAAUAUUACAAAUUCUAUCAAUACAAUCCUCGCCAAUACUCCUUCCACUACUUCACCAGAUCCAACUCCAAGACAACAACAACAACAAGAAUCACAAAACUAUAAUGAUAAUCAAGAUAUGAAUCAAAUACAAAGUGAUAUGAAUAAUAAUAAUAAUAACAAUGAUAAUGGUGGAGAAGGAUCAUCGAUGAAUCAACAACAACAACAACCAUUACCAAUCGAUUUGGUACAAAUGGAAUUACAAAACCCAUGGGUAGUUAUUGAUAAUUCACCAUUCCAAAUUGGUGAGAGUAUGCCAGUUAGAAAGAUUGUUUUCAUGUUUAUGAUGUUGGGUGGCAACGUUAUCUAUGUAUUACAAAGUGGGAAAUUGGUUGGUCUCAUUACAAAGACUGAUCUUUUAGACAAAGGUUAA